GGUGGAGUUUCCUUACAGAGAGUAGGACGUUACCUUCUUACCUCUCAAUCUCAUCAGACUCGUGAUACUACCUAGAAGAGUGACAGACGGACGACCCUCCAAACCUCCAAGCCAGUCACCUAUUCCACCUGCCAUUUCGCCCCUCGCCGCCCGCCAUGAGCACCAGCUACUCCCUGGAUGAUCUUCAAGAUCUACAAACCCAACCAAUCUUUCUCUCUCAAUUCCUCAAACUCUCCCUACCACGUAUUCGUACCCUCUAUAAUCCAAGUACAGCACGUCUUACAGGUCCUACCCGUCAACCAAGUUUCACAAAUCGAGCCUACUUUGGUAGUACCACCGCGGUAGCCACGAGUGAUUCACCUCCUUCUCCAACGUUGCUCAAGGCUCUUCCCGAACUACAACUCUCCGAAUGGCCUUCUUUUCUCGAAUCCAUCCAUACCUCUCUUUCCACCAUUCAGGGAGGAGAACAUAUCCUUGCCCCACCAGCCUUUCGAGCAGAUGAUCUACCCAUAGCAACACUUCUCCCCACUGUCUUCCUCUGGGUCAUUGUAGCUGUUUGGCAACCCUGUCUACGAAUGUACGAACUCGACGAGUUUCACAUUGCCAUUGGUGCUGGUCAAGGGGGAGAAGGAGAGAGAAGACGAGAACUCAAAGCUGGUGAUCAUUUACCUGAACAUGAGGAAUUGGAAUGGGCACAGCAGGUAGGAGAAGAGACGGUGGGUGCUCUACCGAGACAAGUCUUCUAUACUAUCAAGCCUACUACUACGAGGGAUCGGAUGGAUCCGCCUGGAAAGGAGGAAGACGAGGCCUUUCGUGGGAUCAAGGCCCUCAUCUCCGUCGAGGAACCCUGGACAGUCGAUCUAAGUCUGCUAGACCCUACCUCGAUUUCCUCAGAGGAAAUCCUCUCUUGUCUAAAGGAGAGCGGUCAAGGCAAACUCAAGAAUCAAGAAGGAGCAGACCUAAAGCGCGCAACGACUUUUGCUGCCCUCCUUACCUGUCUCUCCUCCCUCCAAGAGUCAAAGGUACGAUUUGCCGUACUCACAACUUAUGAGCUCUUCGUCUUUGUAAAGGUUGGAUUCUCGGGGGAUGGAGUUAUUGAUAUGGUGGAGAUGUCCCCACCGGUCAAAUCGGGUGAUACACUCAAGCAAGGCAAGUCAACCUCGGUCUUUGCCGCCAUGUGGUGGUUUGGCAAGGAGAUUAUGACUGGAUGAUAGAUGGAGGAGAGCACGGUCAAGAUCGAGAGGAGAGGUUGCGGGACUCACUAUAGGCUCAACGAGGGAUUUCUGCAAGGUGGUAUACUACCUCGGCGUGCUUAUCUGGCUAC